UCCUAUGAGUAAAAGAGAAAGGAGGGUCUUCCGGCGUUGGUUGCUAAGACAAGCGCGUUUCUUUCCUUAACAACCACGGGGAGGAUGGUGUUUGGGUCGAGGUGACUCAGUAGAAUAUCCUACUUCUGCAAAAACUGUUUGGGCUGAAUUCAAAAAGGUCCUAGCCUGCUCGUGAUUGAUUCGCUAGAGACCACUCUGCCCCUUCCCGGGGUCACAGUGAAUGGACAAUGGCAGACACCGGGGAGGGGAAAAAAGAGGAAGCAGACUAUAAGAGACUUCACAGCUUUCCACUAAUCAGGCACACAGACAUGCCAGAAGAAAUGCGAGUAGAGGCCAUGGAGUUGUGUGUCACUGCAUGUGAGAAAUAUGCCACCAACAAUGAGAGUGCUGCCAAGAUGAUCAAAGAGACAAUGGACAAGAAGUUUGGCUCCUCCUGGCAUGUAGUGAUCGGUGAGGGCUUUGGUUUCGAGAUCACACAUGAGGUGAAGAAUCUGCUGUACAUGUUCUUUGGAGGCAGUCUAGCUGUUUGUGUUUGGAAGUGCUCCUGACAUACUCUCUGUCUGUCCAAGCUCACCACAUCCAGAAGAUUCCCCCCACCCCACAAGACUUUUCAUUGUUUUUGUACAAUUUAAAAGGCAGCUUUAUUUUUAAUAAUAAAAUAUUGGGCUUUUUCUUAUUUAUAUGCCAGUUUUAUGACAAAUAUUGUGUGUGUGUGUGUAUGUGUGUGUAAGUAAAUCUAUUUGAGCUACUUAAUCCAGCUCAUAGAGUGUUUGACUCUGAUUUUACCAGUGUGGCUUUUUGCUUACAGGUGGGAUCAUGCAAGAGGGAUCGGGGUGGUGACUAUGAGUCACAGUUUAUGAAGCCAUACAUUGCAGGUGGUGAGAGAAAGAGAGAGAGAAGUGUUUUAAUCCAAGCCUGUUGCUGCUUCUCCUUGAUAUCCCUCCCACUUUCUGGGAGAAGACCAGAAAAGGGCAGCUGAUUUCUCUUUGCCUGGUUGACAGCUGCCUGGUUGUUAGAAAUGUGUGUACCAACUUGAAAAACCUGACCCAGUGGAUGGUUGCUAGGAUAAUUGCCCUUCCACCUCCUCACUACACCUACAGAGCACUGAUAUAGCUUGUAAAGCGUACUGCACACAAAUAAAACUAUUCUGCAUAGCAUGUGGGAUGGGGUGGGAGUGUCAUGAUGCCAAUAUGUUGUAUCUUGUUCAGACACUGGUAGUGAGAAGAAGCUCAGUCUGAGCUGCCAGUUUCUCAAACGUUUAAGUACAAUUGAACUUCCAAUUUGUAAAGUUUAAUAAUGUUGUUGCAAAGGUGUUGAUUGAUGGAAUGAUGCUAAUUGUAUUUUCUACAUAGCCUGUUUGAAUUCAGAGUGUGCAGGAGACUUUUUACAAUAAAAAUGUUUUUUAAAA